AUGGCUCCCAAGAUAUUCAUCACGGGGGCAACAGGGCUCAUUGGGGGUGACUAUUUGGUUGGCAUCACACAGAAGCAUCCGGACUGGGAGAUAUCCACGUUGAUUAGAGACCCAACCAAGGCAAAGAUCGUUGAGGAGCAUUUCCCUAGUGUCCGCAUUGUUCAUGGGUCUCUCGCAAAUUCCGGCCUUCUGGAAAGAGAGAGCAAAGCCGCUGAUGUUGUCUUGAACUUUGCCAACUGUGACCAUCUUCCCGCUGCAGAGGCCAUUGUCCGUGGAAUCUCACAGCGAGAUGAAAUUGGCACUUUAAUCCACACCUCCGGCGCAAAGAUCAUCGCUUGGGAGAUGGAAAGCCAGCCAUCCACAUGGGGCAAAUUCAUGCCCCGUCGCUACAAUGACAUGGAGGGUGUCGAGGAAUUGACGAGAGGUCCAUCCGAAGCCAACCCAAACCCAACAGGAUUCGACAACAUUCUCCCAAACUGGGCAGCUCACCGUGACGUGGAUUUGGCCGUCCUGGACGGAUUCCGCAAGCACCGCUCGAAGGUCCGAACCGCAAUCGUCUGUCCACCCACAGUAUAUGGACCGUCUCGGUUCCCGGGAUUCACCACCUCGAUCCAGAUUCCUCGGCUUUUGAAUGUAGUGCUCCAACUCGGCCAAGCAUUUACUAUCAACGGGAACGAAAACAAGUGGAACAAGGUGCACACGCAGGAUAUAUCUGUAUUGUACAUCCUGCUCACUGAGGCGGCUGUUAGCAACCAGCCUGUCGAAUUAUGGAACGAGAAGGGCUAUCACUUUGCUGAAGGGGGUGAAUUUAUUUGGGGGGAUGUGAUCAGGCGCAUCGCUGAACUUGGCUAUCAGAAAGGCCUCUUGUCGUCCCCAGAGCCUGUGGAGCUACCCAAUGCUACGGUCCAUCAAUUCUGGCGAGGUGGACAGAUGAACAUGAGCUCAACAAGCCUCGGGGAGAGUCAGCGUGCCAAACAAUUGUUAGGGUGGAAUCCUACAAGGGAUGAACUUUUGGAAGAUCUCGAUAGAACCAUCGACGUCGAGGCAGAGAUUCUUGGGCUCAGCCUCAAGAAAUGA